GGAACAAUGAUUUAAUACGGAGAUCAAAAUGUAUUUAGAGCUGUUUCUGAUGAUUACAGUUGCAGCAGCUGCAGGGCAACAAGCACCUGAGUUCCUGGUCAGAGUUGGUGAUGAAGUGACUUUGCCUUGUAAAGACGUGACUGAUGGUCAGAAUCAAUGUGACGGAACAACUUGGGUCUUAAUCCGUUCAAUGAAAACAGUGACGCUGUUUGAAGCUGGAAAGAUUAAUUUAACUACAUCAGACAGACUGAGUGUUACUGUUAACUGCUCUCUGGUCAUAAAGAAGGUCACCAUGGAGGAUGUUGGUCGUUACACCUGCAGCCAGUUAACAUCAGGACAACAAGGACCAAACUCUGUUUAUCUAACUGUUGUUCUCAUGACUGAACAGAAGAUCAAUAAUUCAUUCGUCUUAAGCUGCUCUGUGAUGGAUUAUGAAAUCCACAGACACACAGUGAAGUGGCUGCAUGAGGGGGAAGGAGAAACAUCCUCACAUAUAAAACUAUCACUGCCCUUCUAUCGUUCUGCUGCGGUACUGACAACUUCCCUUCAUCAAAACUCAACAUUUUUUAACUCAACAAAAUGUAACGUCACAAAUAUCUCAACUAAAGAAGUUCAGCUGUUCACCUUCAGCCGCCAGUCAACAGAUCAUAAAACUGAUCAUAAAACAGCUCAUGAUUCAGGUUUUCUACCUGUAUUGUACGUACUGAGAUGCGUUGUUGUGUCCGUGGGUUUGGCAGCGCUCCUUACAUCUGUUAUUACAAUCAACAUGAAGACAAAAAACAAAACGAUGGCAGUGUCAUGUAGAAGACGCUUCCUGUCAUUUUCUCAGGGCAAUGCUCCGACAAACCAAGAGGUGAAGGGUUAA